UGACACACAUCCAUGCCAUGUUUGUUGAUGGUGACCUUCUUCAUUUCGAACAGUUGUGCUAUUUUCUUCUCACACGUAUGAAGGCAUUUAUUAUAUAGCCGUUUCCAGGGUUGCAAAUAUGAUCGUGGCUUUAAAUGCAAUUGGCCAGCCGUGCAAGAGUUUAUUUAGGUGUCUUCAGGCUGUUGUCACCCACAGGUGUUUGCAAGCCACAUCCACAUUUCACACCACAGUCUUUCAGUCAGACUCCAACAGAACCUGUGUGGUCCGCUUUGGGAGGCAGAAGUAUGAGAGGAUGUAUCCAGUUCUGUUAGUGAGACCUGACGGGUCCACCAUCAACAUCAGAUAUAAAGAGCCCAAAAGAAUAAUGAAGAUGCCCGUGGACAUCACCACCCUCUCUGAGGAGGAGAGGAAAAUCAGGAUGCGGAAAAGGGGACCGAAGAGAGCAGCUACACAGAAAUUGGAGGAUUUUGAGGAUGAUUUCAAAGUUGAUGAUUACAGCAAAUUCUGGAAGAAGAAAUGAAUGGACUGAUGCAGUUGAAUGUCACAUUGAGUAUUUAAUGAUGUCUCGCAUGUACAAAAUUACUGUUUUGUUUUUAUAAGUCACUCUGCAAUUAAAAAAAUCUUGCAAUA